CAUGUCAAGUAUUUCUUAUUUCCUUCUUCCACUUGGUAAGUCUCUGUCUGUCUGCUCCCUCUUCUUGGUAUCGUUGACUUUUGUUUUUUGGACGGAGAACUUAAAUCUGUGUUUUCAAACAAUUUAUGUGAUGAUUUUAGGUUUAAGAUGGAAAAUUCUGAAGCACGUUGUCUAGAUAGAAUUGAGGCACAGUGGUCAACAGAGGACCAGCAGAAAGGAAGAUACUUCCCCAUUGAUCUGAUAAACAAAGGCGUACAUUGUUUACGAGGUUUCCUUCGAUGCGGAGAAGAUGGUACCAUGCCACCUACGGGAGACACCGAACCCUUGCCAAAGUUGUCGGAUCUUGACAACCGCCACAAUGGAUCUGAGCCGAUGAAUUCAGAGAUCUCAAGCGCCAUGCGAGCCGGGAACAGAGAUUUUCUGGAGAAGAUGAAAAGCUACGAUACACCAAUUUCGUGGUUCAAGAACAACAAAGGAGAUUCCAUUCUUCACCUUGCUGCUGCUUUUGGUCACCUUGAGCUAGUAAAGAGCAUAAUCUCUAAAUGCCCAUCUCUUUUGUUGGAGCCAAAUUUGAAGGACCAGCUUCCGCUUCAUGUGGCGGCUCGUGCUAGCCAUUCAGAAGUUGUUAAGGCUCUUGUAGCGUCGGUAACAUUUUUAUCAGAUAGACUGGCUGAAGAAAAUAGGGAGAGGCUGAAUCCAUAUGUUCUAAAGGACAAAGAUGGAGAUACUGCUCUGCACUUAGCCUUGAAAGAUCUCCAUAUAAAAACAAAGGUUAUACGGCUACGUCAUAACAAAUCCAUGUCAGUUUCUGCUGAAACACACCUGAUGGAGACAGCUGCUUGUCUAGUCAAUGCGAACCAAGAUGUUUCGUUUCUUGCGAAUAAAGAUGAAAUAUCCCCCUUGUAUUUGGCAGUUGAAGCUGGUAAUGUAUCACUUGUGAACGCAAUGUUGAACAGCCCUGGUAGUGACAAUCAAGGCGAAACCUUUAACUUAGCCACGCGAUUGAAAGGGAGGAAAUCGCUUGUGCACGCAGCUCUAAAGACCAAAAAUACAGAUAUUCUUGAUGUUAUUCUCAAUAAAGACCCAAGUCUUGUCAAAGAGCGAGACGAAGAAGGACGAACUUGUCUUUCAGUUGGAGCAUCUGUAGGGUUUAAUAAAGGCAUAUGCAAGCUGUUAGAUACAACAACGUCAAGCAUCUUUGAUUGCGACGAUGAUGGUUCCUUUCCCAUCCAUAAGGCAGUGGAGAAAGGUCAUAAGGAUGUUGUUAAAGAGCUUCUAAAACGUUUUCCGGAUUCAGUAGAGCAGCUUAACAAAGAAGGUCAAAACAUAAUUCACAUCGCAGCAAAGAGUGGAAAAUCUAGAUCGUUUAUUAUGCAUCAUAUCAAUAAAGUCGAUACAAAGAAGCAUCUGCUGGAGGAGCAAGAUGUGGAUGGGAAUACACCUUUGCACCUGGCCACCAUUAAUUGGCGCCCUAGAUAUGUUGGUAUGCUUAGUAAUUAUAAAAAAGUCCGGGAUAUACAGAACUCUGCUGGCUUGAGACCUCUGGAUAUCGCCGAGAUAAAUCUGCAAUCUGACUAUGUUUUUCGAGAGAGAAUGACUUUGAUGGUCUUGCUAGGCGUUUACAAUCUGAGACAGAGAGGUAUAUCUUUGCUACCAACGAGUGGGAUGACACUAAGAAGUAGAUCAGAGAAUCUAGGAGGUGGUGGUGAAAAAUACAAAGACCGUGUCAACAUUCUUCUACUGGUGGCAGCUCUUGUAGCCACCAUGACGUUUGCUGCAGGUUUUACAAUGCCAGGUGGCUUUAACAGCUCUGCUCCAAACGCUGGCAUGGCCAUUUUGGUCGAUGAACUCUCAGCAUUUAUUGUUGCAGACACUAUUGCAAUGUUUACCUCAGUUGUAGCUAUAGUUGCUCUUAUCUGGGCACAGUUAGGAGAUCGAGAACUCGCGCAUAGAGCAUUUCAUUUGGCUUUACCAGCACUCUUCUUUGCUCUGCUCUUCAUGUCUGUUGCAUUCGUUUUUGGCGUGAUGGCUACAACAAAGCAUAACAUCGGGCUUACACGCUUCAUGAGCAUUGUAUUUGACAUCUUCUUUUUAGUGACCGUAGCCCUCCUUACCCCGUACGUGAUCCCGCAGGUUUACGGUCUUCCUAUUAUUGGAAUUGCGACUUCUUUUUAUCUUAAUAUUCUAUUGCUGUUUGUUAAUGAAGAUGAUGAAAAACAUUGCACCACCGGCUCUUGUCACACGUGUGUGAAGAGUGUGGGGUCCGUGGGAUCGUCAAGCGGGGGUCAAUUGGAAAAGUCGAAAGUGCUUUAAGUUCCAAAACACCAGUAUCUCAGUUGUUGACAUAAAUUAACUUUCCUUAUUUGAUCACCCUAGUUUUGGCGUUUACUUUCCUCGUUGUAAUAUUUAGUGUUAAUGGUUUUUUUGGGUGAGUUUGAAAAUCAGUACGUUUUGGAGACUCCAUAUGAGAAGUAGUCAGUUCACUAUUCGAUAAUAGAGAAAUACCCUGUUU